AUGCCGAAAUUCUUCUGCGACUACUGCGAUGUCUACCUCACGCACGAUUCGAUGUCGGUCCGCAAAGCGCACAACAGCGGCCGGAACCACCUGCGCAACGUGGUAGACUACUACCAGCAAAUCGGGCAUGAAAAGGCACAGAGCGUCAUCGACUCCAUCACCAAUUCAUACGCUGCAGAAGGACAGAGUGGGAACAAUCCUAUGCUACAACAUGCGCCUGGGGGCUUCCCCGGUGCACCACCAGCGUUGGGCGGAGCCGCAGGUGGACCGCCUGGCCCUCCAGGAAUGCCACCGGGCUUCCCUCCCGGCAUGCCCGGGGCACCAGGUGGACAUGGCAUGCCACCAGGCAUGCCACCACUACCUCCGGGCUUUCCCCUCCCACAACCAGGCGGACGCGGGAUGCCGAGCUUUCCUCCAGGCUUUCCCAUGCCGCCUCAGGGCAUGCCGCCUGGCUUCCCGCCUAUUCCAGGACAAGCAGGUUCUCCGCCCCAAAACAUGCCUUUCCCUCCCCCAGGCUCUAUGCCCCCCGGCUUCCCUCCUAGCGGCGGCUUCCAAGGCACGAAUGGAUUCGGAGGUGGUCCUCCGCCAAUGGGGCGCGGACAAGGCAUGCACGACGGAUGA